UUGUUUCUCUAGCCUAUCAUUAUUUUUUAGGACAAGGUGAGAAAUAUUGGUCAGCAGCACAGAUUGAUUUUUUUUUUUUCUAAUUGAAAAACCGAGUGCGCGCGUAUGAACGCGCGUGUAUGUGGUGAAGAUGUUUUGCGAAACUUUUUUAAGGAUGAUAUACCUUGGAUGUUUCCUGUUUCUUUGUGGGUUUACGCAUGCCAUACCAAGUUAUCCUAUCUGGUGGUCCCUAGCGGUGGGCCACCAGUACUCGUCCCUGGGCUCCCAGCCCAUCCUGUGUGGCUCCAUCCCUGGCCUGGUGCCCAAACAGCUGCGAUUCUGCCGAAACUACGUGGAGAUCAUGCCUAGUGUGGCCGAGGGGGUGAAGAUCGGCAUCCAGGAGUGCCAGCACCAAUUCAGGGGCCGCCGCUGGAACUGUACCACCAUCAACGACAAGGCCAUCUUUGGACCAGUGCUUGACAAAGCCACCCGGGAGUCAGCAUUCGUUCAUGCCAUUGCCUCAGCGGGGGUGGCGUUCGCAGUGACGCGGUCCUGCGCCGAGGGCUCAGCCACCAUCUGUGGUUGUGACACACUCCACAAGGGCCCACCUGGCGAGGGCUGGAAGUGGGGCGGAUGCAGCGAGGAUGUGGAUUUCGGCAGCAUGGUGUCCAGGGAGUUUGCAGACGCCCGUGAGAACCGGCCCGAUGCGCGCUCCGCCAUGAACCGCCAAAACAACGAGGCGGGACGAACGUCUCUGAACGACAACAUGUUCCUGAAGUGUAAGUGCCAUGGCUUGUCAGGCAGCUGUGAGGUGAAGACGUGCUGGUGGUCCCAGCCUGACUUCAGAGUUAUCGGAGACUACAUGAAGGACAAGUACGACAGUGCAUCAGAGAUGGUGGUGGAGAAGCACAAGGAGUCCCGCGGCUGGGUGGAGACUUUGAGACCCAAGUUCACCUUCUUCAAACCGCCCACGGAGCGAGACCUGGUCUACUACGAGAGCUCGCCCAACUUCUGCGAGCCCAACCCAGAGACAGGCUCUUUCGGGACGCGCGACCGUGCCUGUAACCUGACAUCACAUGGCAUCGACGGCUGCGACCUGCUGUGCUGCGGCCGGGGACACAACACCCAGGCGGAGAAACGGAAGGAGAAGUGCCACUGCAUCUUCCACUGGUGCUGCUACGUCAGCUGCCAAGAGUGUGUUCGAGUCUAUGAUGUUCACACCUGCAAAUAGAUAGGGCCUUUGGGACCGCUCUUUCUGCACCUCACCAAAUGUAUUUUUUUAAAUACUUCAACGUAUAACAGAGGAAGCUACUGUACGAGCGAGGCUCAGAGAACUUGAGAGGCUUUGAUUGGACUUUGAUCAAACAUUAGUUGACUUGUCUGUGGAUUCAGCUACAGUACAGUCACCUAAUAGGCAACCGAGAUGGCGGCCUGUCAUGUGAUGCAGUGGUGUCAGCCGCUCUUAGAAUGCUGAGGUAGUUCUAGAAUACAGAGGUGGACUCAUGGAGGCUCUAUUCAGAAAAUCAACAUGGUUAUGUUGAUGUUGAUGACCACCAUUUCAUCGAUAGAGGCAAAAGAGGAGACCAUUACAGAGUGAACUAUGAGUAGCCAAGGAGUGACUUUCAGUGACUUCCAGAAAGGUGUUUCAAGGCCUUGGUGUCCUUCCUGACACAACAAAAGAAAACUGUAGGUUGUAUAUGGCUACAUAAACUGUACUGUUGACAAGCACCAUGUUGGUGAAAAGUCUGUAUUCUCUAUGUAGACUCCUUCAUGUAUAGCAGAACAGCACUGUCUAAACCUUUAGGACACCACACAAUCUAUUUUUCUAAAUAUUAAGUGGCACUCUGCUCUGCUUAUGAGUUUUAUAUAUCUACAAAAAAAGAACAGCAUUUCUGAGCUAUGUUCACAACUUUGUAUGACCAUGGUGCACUCAAAAGCACACAUUCUACUCGAUAUUUGCAGUAUGUAAGUGGUAACUAACUUUUCAACUGUUUUAUGAUACAUAUAGUGUUAACAUGUUACUAAUGUUGGGAUUAGAAUGCACUUGCACCUAAGUGAAUGUAGUUUUUACAUUCCCAUGUAUUCGCAAAUCCUGUCUUUUUUAGUCUGUGGUAUGAAGUAGGAUUACUCUGAUCACAAAAAGCACAUGAGCACAAAUCAACCAAAUCAAACAGGUUUGAAAAUAAUUUAUGUUUAUCCCUAUACAAUCUUCUAUCAAUGUCUCGUUGGGAACCCUGCUACAACUGCAAGCUCUUUGAAGAAAGUUUCCAAGAGUUGGCCAUAGAACGAUAGAUGAUAAAAAACAAAGUUUAGCCCAAAGACAAAUUACUUUCAGCUGGAGGAGGAUGAGGUGGUCAGAGAGUCUAAAGUGAGUUUGAAAGUUCAGCACUUGUGUCUAAUUGAAGAGAAUAAAGCUUGUUCUACUCGUUUUUAUCAGUGUUAGUAACCGUUCAGCAGAACACAGUAUGUGUAUCAUCACGUGUCCCGGUGCAGACAGACCCAUGCUAUUUAGUGUUUGAAAAUGAAAGUAUGUGAAAGAGACUGGCCCACUAGUGUAAUUCUGUAUUCAUUAUGCCCAUGAAUGCAUGUAUGCAAUCUUACUGUUUCCUAUCUGUAAGCUAUUACUAACUGUAAUCUGAAAUGCUUCUCAGAGUAUACUUCGUACUUCGUACAGUAUGUUAUGAACAGCAAUCUGAUGUCAAGUGGUAACCCAGCUGUAGUUUCUGUAAAACGAUGACCAAAAUCUGUGUAUCAGAUUCUGAUUCCUGGCUUAUAGAUGUGGGUUCUUAAUUUGAUCACCCUGUUUCAGGAGAACCUUCCUGCAAUACAGGACAUUUCAAACGUGUAGUGUAUUUAAGGUUUAAAAAGGCUUCGGAAGUUUGUAAUUUCCACUUUGAAAUGAGAUUUUCCCAUACAAAAAAUGUAUCAACCACUACAAAAAUGUCCAUUAAUUAUAAUCCACAUAAUAAUUCACAAACUGGUUCAAAUUAAGAUCCUACAUCUGUUUUCUUUCUCCUCCAACCUUACAAACUGCAGCAUAACUGAAACUAUCAAGACUUCCCCUUUGUAUGCUGCUAAUUAUACAUGUAUGUAUUUAUGUAUGUAUGUAUGUAUGUAUGUAUGCGUGUAUGUACACUACAUGACCAAUAGUAUGUGGACACCUGCUCGUCAAACAUCUCAUUACAAGUUCAUGGGCAUUAACCCUUUAGAGUCCAAGCCCUGUCUAAGCCGGGGGAUAUAUGUAAUUGUUUUAAGAAGGUCGUACCAAGGAUCAUUUAGCUAUUUGAUUUUGAAUUUUAAAACCCCUUGAAGUAUCCAAAAAAUAUAUUAAACAAAUAUUUGAUGAAAAUUUAUUUUUGACCUUACUGCUAUUAGCCCAUACAAAUGCGUUGAAUAACAGAUUCACUACAUGGAACAACAGAUAGUCCCCCAAAAAUAUCAAAAGGAGGAUUGUUUUGAAGUGUCUCUCCUAUAUCUGAGAGAAAUCAGAAAUAUCAGGAAACAUUUGUUAUUCUUUUUUACUUAACCACUUAUUUUUGGCACUAAACAGUCUAAGCCCUGUCUAAGCCAGGGGAAGGGGGUUCUACUAAACUAUAUGGAAUUGUUUUAAGGUCAUACCAAGGAUCAUUUAGCUAUUUGAUUUUGAAGUGUAAGACCCAUUGAAGUAUAUAUAUAUGAAAGAAAAUAUGUAUAUAUAGGGGCCUCCCGAGUGGCACAGUGGUCUAAGGCACAAUGUUGUGGUGUCACUACAGCCUGGGGUUCAAUCCCAGUGUCACAACCAGCCGUGACCAGGAGUCCAAUAGGACGGUGCACAAUAUGCCCAGCGUUGUCCAGUUUAGGGGAGGGUUUGGCCGGGGGGCUUUACUUGCUACAACUUAUCGUGCUCUAGUGACUCCUUGUGGCAGGCCAGGCACCUGCAGGCUGACAGUGGUCAUCUGUUGAAUGGUGUUUCCUCUGACACAUUAGUGCAGCUGGCUUCUGGGUUAAGCAAGCGGGUGUUAAGAAGUGUGGCAUGGUGGGUCAUGUUUCAGAGGACUCAACCUUCACCUCUCCCAAGCCCGUUGCAGAGAUGAGACAAGAUCCUAAUCACAAAAUCGGGGAGAAAAAAGGGGGUAAAAAUUACAAUAAAAAUAUAUAUUUGAUUAAAAUGCAUUUUUGACCUUACUGCUAUUAGCCCAUACAAAUGCAUUGUAAGGGGGUUUAUUGUCAUGCUGGAACAUGCCUUCCCUAAACUGUUGCCACAAAGUUGGAAGCACAGAAUCGUCUAGAAUGCCAUUGUAUGCUGUAGCAUUAAGAUUUCCUUUCACUGGAACUAAGUGGCGUAGCCAAAACAAUGAAAAACAGCCCCAGACCAUUAUUCCUCCUCCACCAAGCUUUACAGUUGGCACUAUGCAUUUGGGCAGGUAGCGUUCUCCUAGCAUCCGCCAAACCCAGAUUCGACCGUCGGACUGCCAGAUGGUGAAGUGGGAUUCAUUCCUUCAAAGAACGUGUUUUCACUGCUCCAGAGUCCAAUGGCACCGAGCUUUACACCACUCCAGCCGACGCUUGUUUUUGCAUAUGGUGAUCUUAGGCUUGUGUGCGGCUGCUCGCCCAUGGAAACCCAUUUCAUUAAGCUCCCUGGUGAACAGUUCUUGUGCUAACGUUGCUUCCAGAGGCAGUUUGGAACUCGGUAGUGAGUGUUGUAACCGAGGAGAGGUGAUUGUUACCCAUUAUGCGCUUCAGCACUUGGCUUCAUCACUCGGCCGUCCCGUUCUGUGAGCUUGUGGCCUCCCACUUCUUGGCUGAACUGUUGUUGCUCCUAGACAUUCCCAUUUCACAAUAACAGCUUUUACAGUUGACUGGGGCAACUCUAGCAGGGCAGAAAUGUGAUGAACUGAAUUGUUGGAAAGGUUGCAUCCUAUGACGGUGCCACAUUUAAAGUCACUGAGCUCUUCAGUAAGACCAUUCUACUGCCAAUGUUUGUCUAUGCAGAUUGCAUGGCUGUGUGCUCGAUUUUAUACACCUGUCGGCAACGGGUGUGGCUGCAAUAGCCAAAUCCACUCAUUUGAAGGGGUGUUCCACAUACUUUUGUAUAUAUAGUGUAUGUAUGUAUGUACUGUAUGUUAGUUAUUCUUCUUUCUAUGAAAGACAGCGUUUAGAUGUAGGUUGAACAAAAAUGUGAAGUUUUCUACUAAUUCAUUUUGCAUAUAGACUGGAUAGACAUGUACAUGAAUGUUAACCAAAUAGACAUAUUUUGAUAAGUAUUGUUUGUUAGUCUGUGUUUCGGUUGGGGAAUCAUGUAUUCACUGGUCCAACUGUGGACUAAAAGUUAUGUAGAGCUUCAGCUUAGAUGAGCUACUGAUUGCUUGAACAAAUAUGAAACCUAUAUCACUUACUGCAUAUCAGUACACCUAUGUUAUAUGUGAGAUCAAAUAUAACAUAAUAUUCAUACCUUUGCAGAACAAAAAUGCGACUACUGAACCUCGAAUCAAGAGUUAUGAAUUCCAUAAGGAGCGAAGAACUUCAGCAAUAAUUUUGUUGGUUCAGAAGCUCUUGGGAAAUAGGAAAGGUUGAUGGUUGAUUAAAUAGUAAACUAUGUAUUUUCCUGUCAGGCAUGUGUAUCUCUUACCAUGUUCAUCUUCCAUAGACAUCCAUAGACGUAAAAUGCAUUCCUCAUACAAUGACUGCCACUAUGCUGUAUAAAUGAAAGCCCCAGAAUGACACAAUCAUGUUUCACAUGAGAUUACUUUUUGACUAUGAUAAACUACUGAGCAACCAUUUUCGAUACAAUCUGUGCUUUUCUGCAUUUAUAUUUCAGUUCAUGUUUUGUUUGUUUGUUUGUCUGUCUGUCUGUGUAGACAAUUUGCUGACGUUCAAAAAAAUGUGUUAUGGUCUUUAAAUCCAAAGUUUUGUACAAAUUUGUUAUUUGCAAUUAUGUAUUUCUAAAGUCUGAUGUUUUUGUAAUGAUUAUUUAUUUUACCGUAACUGUAUAUAUUAGUAAGUAAGAGUAUAUAUUUUAGUUUCCGAGACAGUGUUGUUACUUUUAGCACUGUAACAGUUUUACCUCAAUGUCUGUUUUAUCACUGACUGUACACAGGAUACUGUCUGUAAUAGAUUGAUAGAUGUUAACUUUAGA